AUGGACGUCGCCAUCACCGGAACCAUCAAAUUCACCGUGGAGAUGGAGGAUUGCGAGGCGCCAACUCGUUCGAGUAUCUCUUUCAAGGCUUUUGUAGCUUUUGGAAGUGGGGAGGCGAGGAUGUCGAUAUCUUUGGCCAUGGCGUCGGGGAAAUGGAAGGCAGCGGCCAGGUUUGACACGAUAGAAGUAGAGGUCAAAAACACAGACGAUUGCGUAUCCUUCAACCCCAAUACGUCCGCGUUCGUGAUCCAGCACCUAGCCUGCACGGGUUCGCACGGCAUCUCGGUCGGGUCCCUUGGCCGGUGUUUUGGCCAAACCGACGUGGGCGAGGACCUGUACGUUUACAAGACGUCCAUGGCCGACGCGUCCGACGGCGCUCGCCUGAGUCGCAUCAGGAACGUGACGUACCACGGGUUCCGCAGCCGCAACACCGACAGUGCCAUCGCGGUCGACCAGUGCUACGGGCAUAAGAAUGCAACGCUGUGCCGCGCCCACCCGUCCAGAGUGGAGAUGGAGGAAGUCUUGUUCAAUGACGUUACCGGAACGACGUCCAAGAGGUUCGAUCCGCAGGCUGGUCAGCUUGUCUGUUCGGCUCCUGAGCUAAGUUUGAUACAUCAUCAAGGGCAACUUGUUGGUAGGGAGCCGCUCUGGGUUUGCGAGGGUUUUGAUACGUCCCAUUUGAGGCUCAAGUGCCAAAAGCGGACAAAAUCGGCGACGAGUAGUUAUGUGAAGAGGUGCUGA